GAUUCGCGGGAAAAAGUGAAAAAUGGCGACUUGCAUAGUUUGAACUUUAGCGCCUGUACACAUAUUUGCAAGAAGAGACAACUCCUCGCGAAUGGAACGUUACCCUACAGCAGCAACGUUAUUUCGAGUUCCAUCGAGCCUGGACUGGAAGUCUAAGACGGGAGUGUUGUAGUGUUUAAGCAUCCCAGACGCAUCAUGUUGGAGUCCUACAGAGAUGGCUUCUGCACUGGGGAGCCAGAGGAGGUGCUGGAGACCAAGCAUUUACCCCAGAAGAUGGAGAUGGAGCGGAGCCUCACCGACCUGGAAAGCAGCCUGACCGUGGGACAGUAUGUGCUGUGCCGCUGGUCCGAUGGCCUGUACUACCUGGGGAAGAUCCAAAGAGUGAGUACCUCCAAGCAGAGCUGCUUUGUCACUUUUGAAGAUAAUUCUAAAUUCUGGGUUCUCUGGAAGGAUGUGCAGCAUGCUGGAGUUCCGGGGGAGAAGCCAAAAUGCUCUGUCUGUUUUGAAAUGGUGCUGGGGUCCGACAAUCAGAUCCUGAUAUGUGGGAAAUGUGGAAUAGGUUACCACCAGCAGUGUCACCUUCCCCAAGUGGAAACCUCAAAGGAAUUGUCACCUUGGUUUUGCAGGAGGUGCAUCUUUGCUUUAGCUGUGCGGAAAGGGGGAGCUCUUAAAAAGGGCCCCAUAGCAAAAGCUCUGCAGGCCAUGAAGCAAGUGCUCACCUACACCCCAGAUGAGCUGGAGUGGGACUCUCAGCACCGCACGAAUCACCAACAGUGUUAUUGCUACUGUGGAGGACCUGGAGAGUGGUACCUGAAGAUGCUGCAGUGCUUCCGGUGCCAACAGUGGUUCCAUGAGGCCUGUAUCCAGUGUCUACAGGAGUCCAUGAUGUUUGGAGAUAGGUUUUAUUUGUUCAUCUGUUCCGUGUGUAAUAAAGGAGUGGAGUAUGUCAAACGUUUGGCACUGCGAUGGGUGGAUGUAGUGCAUCUGGCUCUCUACAACCUGGGUGUCCAGAGUAAGAAGAAAUACUUUGAGCUUGAAGAGAUCCUCAACUUUGUCAGCAACAACUGGGAGCAUUUUCAGUUAGGCAAGCUCUCCAACACUCCUCCAACAGAAAGAGGCCAACAUCUCCUUGAUGCUCUGAACAACUACAAGAGCAAGUUUCUCUGUGGAAAGGAGAUCAAAAAGAGAAAGUGCAUCUUCCGUCUGAGAACGCGAGUGCCUCCUAACCCUCCUUCCAAACUCUUCCCAGAGAGGGCCCAGAACGAGGGAUGGAGAGGACGAAAGAAAGGCUCGGGCAGGACCAGCUCUCUCCCUGCUGAGAAGAGGAGGAAGAAAAGGUCAAAAUGGCUGCUGGAGGACGCCAUCCCGAAUAACGACCUGACCUCCACCUGGGGCACCAACCAUCACAUGGCCAACAUAUUUGACUUCACAUUGGACGAGUUGCAGAGCCUCAAAAGCACCAGCUCGGGACGGACCUUCAGCCUGGACUUGGACUCCACAGACGCGGCCAGCACGUCCGGGUCCGCCACCACCAGUGCCUCGUAUGAUUUCAGGAAGAACGUUGGCAGCCGUAAGAGGAAACUGCCCACGAGUAACUACACAGUGCUGGUCACUAGGAAGGAGGCGGUGGGGAGUGAGCUGAGCCUACCAGGAGACGAGGCUGCUUCUGGGAUGUUGGACAACGCCAUCGACAGCCAUACCUUUGACAGCAUCAGCGAGGAUGACUCGUCCCUCUCCCACCUCAAGUCCUCCAUCACCAACAUCUUUGGGGCGGCGGGGCGGCUUACCUGCGGAGAGAAGUACCAGGUUCUGGCCCGCAGGGUCACUCCAGAGGGGAAGGUGCAGUAUCUGGUGGAGUGGGAGGGCACCACGCCCUACUGACCUGACCGGCCCAACUGGCUGGAAGAGGGGAGUCAUGGGCUGGAUUGGCCAAGCCAGGUCUACCAAGCUGUGGUGAUUUCAUGUUUGAUGUUGCUUCCUCUUGCUUUACAGUACUCCUUACUUUAGUAUAUAAUAUUAAAAGUAAAAAUAGUUAUCUUCCACCAUAGCUAAGCUGUAUUUUAUUGCAAAUGUUUUGUUUGUAAUACAACCAGAGAAUUUUUCGCUUUGAAUGAACAGAAACUGUAGGUACAUUGCCUGCUUAACACAUUUGGGAAUGUCCUCUUGAACAUUUUGAUUAGUAACACAGUCCAGAUUUUGUUUUGCUUUUGUCUUAUUCUGAAUCUACUUUAAGUAGAAGACUUAAUGAUGGCACUGUAGAGGUGACGUGAUAUGACUCCAGAGUCCAGUAAAGAACAAAACUGAUUCUGAAGGAAGGCAGCAAAGCUUCCAAAAAAGCACUACUAAAGUGGGCUGUCAGUGUCUCUAAAUUCAACUUUGGUGACUGACAAUAAUAUUAUGCUCGAUUUGUUUUUAAGAUUGUAUUUUAGUUCUGUUUUAAACAGUUUCUCUUUUACAGCGAUAUGCCAUAUCUAAGCCACAUUUAACUUGUAACAAGUUAUACCUUGGUCAACUUAGUGUCCCUCUCGAAUACAAAAAAACCCCAUAGUUCAUCAGUUUUAUUUAGUACUGUGAUGCCAAUUGUAAAAGCAGUGUUAUGGUUUUAAAUACAAUAUAAAUACAUGUGAUGUUAUCAGUAGAUAUUCUUUUUUUUUUUUUACUUUACAAUUUCAAAUGUGUUUAGAGCAUGGUUAGGGCACAAGAGACCAAAGCAAAUAUUGCAAGUAUUUUGGAUACUGUUCCUGGUUUUCUGUUUACUGUUAAGUCAGAUAUGCUGACUUAGGUAGUUGGGAUAAGUAGAUGCAAUACUGUUGUAUUUUAUGAAAAUUCAACAUAGAGGAUUGAUAACCUAUUUUAACAUAGUACUUUUAGACACUGUAAGAUCUUUUUUUACAUCUGGAAAGUUGUUAAAAAGAUGAGAGUAUUUCUUUAAUCAUGGACUUUAAGGGUGAGUCUUGGUUUAUGCUCUUACAAUAUCCAAAGAUUUUUUUCAAAUAUUCCUAGCCUCUAUAGAUACUUCUGUUUUGCUUCAAGACAGAUAUAUUGGGCAAUGCGAAACUGUUGGUCUGAUUUCACUCAGUGAAAAAACUGUCCAAGAAGUUCCUUCACAUUUCAUUUUGUUUACUUUUGUUUGUAUCUAAUGAACAUGAUAUAGAAAAUCUUUCAACGUGAAUAAAUAUGAUUAGAAUCAAUGUCAGUACCUAAUGAAAGAAAUAUUGCUUUCCUUUUAACAUUCCUGUUAAUGCUCAUUACCCCCUUCAUUGCACUAUUGACACAUCUUAAACUAUGCAAGAUUGUUUUGUUUUUUCAAUUGAUGUUACUAAAUAACCAAAUAUUAUUUAGCCUACAUAUAGUUAUAAUUGAUUACUACGUACAUUUGUGAUCAAAAGUCACAUGCUAUAUGCAUUGUGUUAUUAAUAAGCAAAGAUGUAAGGUACUUGUAAUAUGUUUCCCCUUCAGCAUUUUGCAACCAUUUAUGCUCUCACUUUCCUUUCAAUUACAGUAUAACUGUAUUCACUCUGAAACAAGCUGUUUAUUUUAUGAGUAGAUUCAUUAUAUAGAUCCUAUGGAGUCUCCGUAAAAUAAAUAUUUUAUGGGUGACUUAAAUUGUGACAGGUCAAUGGUAUACUAUAUGCAGCCUACACAUUUGACUUUUGGUAUGUAGUUGUAUUUAAACAUUUAAAUACAUCACAUUAAUGACUGUAAUGUUUGAUUCUUUACCAUAUCACGUGCCCAGAGCUGUGUACAUAGAAACUGCAUAUAUUUUGCCCAUUUCCUAUGCUUGUUGUUAGAAAUGUUAAAGGACAGUUUCACUUUUUUCCAAAUUUUUGUUUGUUUCCCACACUGAAAGUUGUCAAUAGAAACUGUAAUCCGUAGUUGUAAUAAAACAAACUUAACAAACAUCUGCUAGCUUUAGCCACCACAAUCAAAAAACCAGUGGAGGUAAUCGGGACAUAUUAAUUAUCUUUUUUUAUUGGACAGAUUCAUAUUAAGCUCAAAUGUCCUAAAUACUUACGUUAAUUUAGAGAAAUGUGUGUGGGCUGUAAAAAGAUACAUGAGGUAUGUGUUACUGUUUCUCUUGGCUCAUAGAACUCUUUCAGGGAGCAAUAAAAAUAAUUUCUGAAAAAAUGAAAUUUUUCUUUAGCUGUUAAAUCUCAUCGGGCAUUGUUUACCCUUAUUUGUUCUUUGUGAAUCUUUAUUUUGACUUUUAAAAUGUAAUAAAAAUAAUUUGCGAGUUGUA